GGUUAUUAUGUUAUCAGGGAACUUUCUAGAGGCACUUCCUUUCGGAUUGUUCAAUAACUUGAAGGAGCUGAGUGAGAUAUAUUUACAAGGCAACGAGAUAAAGCACAUAAAUGAGAAAAUAUUUAACGGGUUGGCGAGCCUACGAAUAGUGAACUUGAAUGGUAAUUGCUUACAUGACGUUCCGUUGGAUUUGUUCAAAAGUCAACUGAAUACUAUUGAUCUAGACUUCAGCCAAAACAAAUUGAGUUCAAUACCUUCGAGACUCCUGCCUAAAAUGGGCAAUGAUAUAAAAUUGCAAAACAACCUUAUUGAUAUUGUGCGGUCAAACACAUUUAGAGAAGCAACGAACAUUUCAACGAUAAUGCUAUACGGCAAUAAAGUAUUUGAGUUGGAAGAUGAUUCAUUCGAUGGUCUGGUCAAUCUUUCAGAAUUGUAUCUUGACUACAACCAGCUCAAUGAAAUUCCAACGACAUUGUUCAAAGCAAAUCCUAAACUAGUUCAUGUUACCUUAUCCCAUAAUUCUUUGAACACUAUACGGAGUAACUCUUUUGCAGGACUAUUUCAACUCAACUCGGUUGAACUAUCGUACAACAAGAUAGCUCAUAUCGAAGAAGGUGCAUUUUACGGAUCAGCAAUAACGUUUUUAAAUCUUGAAAACAACUUCCCGCAUAGAAAUAUAUCGUUCAAGCUAUCGUUCAUAUCAUAA